GUGAUUCACCCGCCUUGGCCUCCCAAAGUGCUGGGAUUGCAGGCAUGAGCCAUCAUGCCCAGCCUAAAUUAUUAUAUUGAUGAGGAGUAAUUGUGAACCCCCUCAGUUGUGCAAAUUCUGCUAUAUUUUGGUUGGGAAAUUUUACUGCUUGUUGUUACUUUUCAUUUUUAGAUUAAAAAAAUAAAUAUACCAUGAUACAAACUGCCCUGUUGAGUUGUUUACAAAGAGUUGUUUAUUAAAGCUGUAUGUUUGAGACUACUCUAGACAAGUGUCCUCUCCAUCUGAAAUAAUGAGAACCGUUUUUCUACUCUUUUGAGGGGAAAAGUGUGGGUUUAUAGGUAAUAACUAGUCUACACUUUACAUGAUAAAAUGUGAAUUCCCUCUUUCUGUUGCUUUGUCUGUUUCUUUUAUUCUCAUAUGCAUUUAAUUUUAUAAAUACCCUUCUAUGAUGCUAUUUAUAUAUUCCUAAUAUCCUGAGCUACUCUGAGGAAGUCCUAGAAAUUGAGAAAUAGUUUUUAUCACUCUGUAAAUCUACAGUUAACCACGGUCAAAUUUUUAAAAAUCAAGUUAUCUUAUUCUGUGAUAUAAACUAUUUAUAUAUCUCUUUACAUAUCAAGUCUUUAUAUAUAUUUUGUGCAGUUUAUCUUUUUUAUAGGAACCUCUUGUUUUGGGGAUUGUUUUUGGUUAGGAAAUUGAACGCUUUGUUUGCCCAAAAUAACUGCAAUAGAAAGUCAGUGAUAAGAACUACUUAAUAGAUCCAGGUUAAUUAUUUUAAGAUAGAAUUUCACAUGGAAGAAAAGGCUUUUGUGUUACAAUAAUCUAUGAGGCAUUUUACUGUAUAUCAGAAUUUCGGAGUAAGGUGAAGAUGAUCAUGUAAUUUGAAAAGUCUUAUUGGUGGCUCUAAUUUUCUUUCAAGGAGGGGUUCAAUCACUUCCAAUGGAUAACAUUAAGGUUAAAUUAAGGGUGAAGUUGAUAUUUGGCCUUGACUUUUAUGUGAGGGUAAUAUUUUUGCAGGUUAAUGUAGAUGUAAUUUUAAAAUUCAGCUAAAACAAACACGGUAUUGGGAAAGAGGAAGAGCAAGUGGUCUGUAUUGUCAGAAAAAUAAGAUUCAUAUUGGAGAGUAAUUGAAAAUAACCUUCAAAAAGUUGAUCACCUAAUAUGUGAUUACAUAUUAGGUUACUAGAAGUUUCUAAAAUGUCUUGGAAUUUCUAGGUUUAGUAAAAUUCAAUGAAAGCUGUACUCAUAAAGAUAAAUAUGAUAACAUGUGAAAGACAGAUGGACUUAGGUGGAUGUGGAAGAAGGCAAGCCAGGGAAAAGGAGUAAUUUAAAAAGUAAUAUAAGUGACAUGGAAAAUACUCAUGUCAUUAAAAAUAUGAAUUUGAAAAUUUGAAUUUGGGGAUUAUUAAUAAUUGGUCAUGUUUUGAUAUUUAACAAGCUAUUUUCUAGGAGUCAGCAUGUAUAGGUGAAAAUGACAAUUAGAAACAUAGAAAGAAGGUAUGAAGAUACGGAUUUGUAAGUACCUCAAUAAAAGUCUUAUUCAAAACUUGGAAGUGAGUGAGAACAAUUAAAGGAAAGGAUAUAGGACAGGGUUGAAGUUGAGAGAAAAGAAUGAGAUCAUUUAAGAACAGCUGUAGAAUCAAAAACAGCAAAGCACAAUGGGUAGAAAUUCCACUAGAAUUGAAGUGGUAAAGUAUAUGAAAAGAAAAUAUUUUAAACGAGAAUCCUAAUAUAAGCUGCAGAUAAAUUAAAUGCGAUAAAGAAUAUGCUCUAGAAUUUUAUCUUCCAUCAUUACACAAAAGAACCUUAAGAGCGUCUGAUAUUUGUUGAACAAAGAAAGCAUGGACUUCAACAAUCCAUAAAGCUUUAAAAAUUCAACCAAAAUUUGAUGAUUUUAAGUUACAUUUUUCCCUAGAGCACUAUAUAAUAGCAUGUCCUAUGACAGACAUAUGUGGGUAAGUUUCUUUUCUAAAAGUGUGUAGAAUAGUUUACAUUUCUGAUUUAAAGAGUAGUUUCGUAAACACUUAAAUUUGCUAAACUGGCUAAUACUAAUGUUGCAAAUACUGGUAGAAAAAUUGUUUAGCUGUGAAUAAUUAGAUCCCUUACUCUGAGGGUACUAGGAUACCACUGCCUGUGCAAAUUACAAACGUGAGGAGGAUUUACUAUAAAAGUAGAGAAAAGAAGAUAAUAUUUUAAAAAUAUAUAGUAUAGCACUGUUAUGUGAAUUAAUUUCUUACCUUUUGGAGCCGCAUGAUGUCGCUGUCUACCAUGAAGUUAUAGCUAGCCACCAUUCAAAUUUCUUCUAUUACUGCAUCAUUCCCUGACUGUUGAAUGAUGGCGGACGCAGAAGAAUUGGAUUAAUAAAUUCUGGAACUUACAGUAUUUUAUCUUUAUGCGGAAGAUCUUCUAAUGGAAAUAAAACAAGAGGUAUUUGACAUGGUGUUUACCCCGGAAGACAGAUUGGGAAAGCAAUGUCUGCUCCUCCCGUUUCUGCUCCUCGCAGCCUGGAAGGUGGGGAGCGGCCAGCUCCACUACUCCGUCCCGGAGGAGGCCAAACACGGCACCUUCGUGGGCCGCAUCGCGCAGGAUCUGGGGCUGGAGCUGGCGGAGCUGGUGCCGCGCCUGUUCAGGAUGGCCUCCAAAAACCACGAGGACCUUCUGGAGGUAAAUCUGCAGAACGGCAUUUUGUUUGUGAAUUCUCGGAUAGACCGUGAGGAGCUGUGCGGGAGGAGCGCGGAGUGCAGCAUCCACCUGGAGGUGAUCGUGGACAGGCCACUGCAGGUUUUCCAUGUGGACGUAGAGGUGAGGGACAUUAACGACAACCCGCCCUUGUUCCCGGUAGAGGAACAAAGAGUGCUAAUUUACGAAUCUAGGCUGCCAGAUUCUGUGUUUCCACUGGAGGGCGCGUCAGAUGCAGAUGUGGGCUCAAAUUCCGUCUUAACCUAUAAACUCAGUUCUAGCGAAUACUUUGGGCUAGAUGUGAAAAUAAACAGUGAUGACAAUAAACAAAUUGGGCUCAUAUUAAGGAAAUCCUUGGACAGAGAGGAUGCUCCUGCACACAACUUAUUCCUGACAGCCACAGAUGGCGGCAAACCUGAGCUCACAGGCACUGUUCACCUGCUGGUCACAGUGCUGGAUGUGAAUGAUAAUGCUCCCACUUUCGAACAGUCUGAAUACGAAGUAAGAAUAUUCGAAAACGCAGACAACGGAACAACAGUUAUCAGACUGAAUGCUUCUGAUCGGGAUGAAGGAGCGAAUGGGGCAAUUUCAUACUCUUUUAAUAGCCUUGUUGCAGCCAUGGUUAUUGACCACUUUAGCAUAGAUCGAAAUACAGGAGAAAUAGUGAUUCGGAGUAAUUUGGAUUUUGAACAAGUAAAUUUAUACAAAAUCCGCGUUGACGCAACGGACAAAGGUCAUCCUCCCAUGGCGGGUCAUUGCACCGUUUUAGUGAGAAUUUUGGAUAAAAAUGAUAACGUCCCUGAGAUAACAUUGACUUCCUUAUCCUUGCCUGUACGUGAAGACGCUCAAUUCGGUACUGUCAUCGCCCUAAUUAGC